AUGAAACAUAUAAAUGUAUACAACAAUAUACACACAUGCAGCAGCAGCAGCAGCAGCAGCAGCAGCAGCAAGUGCAGCAGCAGGAGACGGAGGAACAGCAGCAGGUAUGCAGCAGCAGCAGCAGCAGCAGCAGCAGCAGCAGCAAGUGCAGCAGCAGGAGACGGAGGAACAGCAGCAGGAAUUCGAGCAGCAGCAGGAGCUGCAGCAGCAGCAGCAGCAGCAGCUGCUGCUGCUGCUGCAGCAAAUGCAAGAACACCAACAUUUGCUGCAGCAGCACAAACAGCAGGACGACGAAAUCGAGCAGCAGCAGCAUCGCAGCAGCAGCAGCAGCUGCUGCUGCUGCUGCAGCAGAUGCAAGAACACCAACAUUUGCUGCAGCAGCACAAACAGCAGGACGACGAAAUCGAGCAGCAGCAGCAGCAGCAGCUUCUGCUGCUGCUGCAGCAACAGCAUGAGCAGCAGCAAAGGCAGCAACUGGAGCAGCAGCAGCAGUUGCCCCUGUUACUGCAACAGCAGCAACAGCAGCAGCAGCAGCAGCAGCAGCAGCAGCAGCAGCAGCAAUCUUCAUCACUGCUGCAGGGGCGGCUGCCAAAGCCGCAGCAGCAAAGGCAGCACAGAUACCAUCAACAACUAUCUCAGCAGCAGCAGCAGCAGCAGCAGCAGCAGCAGCUGCAGCAUCACCUGCAGCAGCACCUGCAGCAGCAGCAGCAGCCGCUGCAGCAGCAGCAGCAGCAGCAGCAGCAGCAGCAACUAUUUACAGAUCUGUUGCAUGUAUCUGAAGGGCUCUGCUGCUCUACAACAGCAGCAAGCUGCUGCUUCCCAGGUGCAACACAAAGCAGCAGCAGCAGCAGCAGCAGCAGCAGCAGCAGCAGCAGCAGCAAAUGCUGCAGCUGCAGCAGCAGCUGCUGCAACAGCAUGGCCUCAUUAGCAACGAAUGUUCCCAGUGCAGCAGCAGCAGCAGCAGAAGCAACCUCAGCAGCAGCAGUAACACCAGCAGCAACAGCAGCAGCAGCAGCAGCAGCAGCAACAGCAGCAACAGCAACUCAACAUAACCACCGCAGGAAAUGUAAACUCCACGCACGAAAGCUACUGCAACAACAGCAACAGCAGCAGCAGCAGCAGCAGCAGCAGCAGCAGCAAUCUUCAUCACUGCUGCAGGCGCGGCUGCCAAAGGCGCAGCAGCAAAUGCAGCACAGACAUCAUCAACAACUAUCUCAGCAGCAGCAGCAGCAGCAGCAGCUGCUGCAGCAGCACCUGCAGCAGCAGCAGCAGCCGCUGCAGCAGCAGCAGCAGCAGCAGCAGCAACUAUUUACAGAUCUGUUGCAUGUAUCUGAAGGGCUCUGCUGCUCUACAACAGCAGCAAGCUGCUGCUUCCCAGGUGCAACACAAAGCAGCAGCAGCAGCAGCAGCAGCAGCAGCAGCAGCAGCAAAUGCUGCAGCUGCAGCAGCAGCUGCUGCAACAGCAUGGCCUCCUUAGCAACGAAUGUUCCCAGUGCAGCAGCAGCAGCAGCAGAAGCAACCUCAGCAGCAGCAAUAACACCAGCAGCAACAGCAGCAGCAGCAGCAACAGCAGCAACAGCAGCAACAGCAACUCAACAUAACCACCGCAGGAAAUGUAAACUCCACGCACGAAAGACAAACAAAGCAGCAGCAGAAGCUGCUGCUGCUGCUGCUGUUGCUGCUGCGCUGCAGCAGCAACCACCAGAGCCUUUCAACUGUACAGACACCGUAGCAGCAUAUGCAGCAGCAGCAGCAGCAGCAGCAGCAGAAGCAAAGCAUCCGCCUUCCUACAGCUGUGCUGCUGCUACCCCGUCAGCAGCAGCAAUCAUUUGA